AUGCCAGAGGAAUGUGCUCCUCGUGUUUCCAACCAACCUUCUCUAUACAGACAACACUUCUAUGGCAAACCACACAGCACUUAUGUUAGCUACUACUCACCGAUAGGUCCAUUGGCCAUCACCAUCACCUUGGACAAUGACAAUAACUACAAAUGUUUGGUAUACACUGAGAAAGGUUAUGAAUUAAUACAAGUACCAAGAUGGAGUGUCUAUAGAAAUUGUUGGAGAUUCAUUUUCUGCCGUAAACCGACAUCCUACCAUAUCAUGUGGCAUGUGAAACCCGAAUUAAAAGAUAUUAAAAUUCCAAAACUGAAAAUCAGUAAAUUGGAAGAUGAACUUUUGAGAAUCUACGAACCAGAGUUCUCAAAAGUAAUGAAAGUAGGUAUAUUAUAUUGCAGAGAAGGUCAAAAAGAUGAAGCUGAAAUGUUAUUCAAUGUGGCAAAUAACACAAGUAGAGAAUAUGAUGAGUUUUUAAAUUGGAUUGGUGAUAGAGUAGAAUUGAAAGGAUUUCAAGGAUAUAAUGGUGGAUUAGAUAUUGUCCAUGGAAACUCUGGAACACAUUCGAUUUAUGGAAAACACAAUGAUGUAGAAAUAAUGUUCCAUGUAUCUACAAUGUUACCAUUCUAUCCAAACGAUCCAAAACAAAUUGAAAGAAAAAAGCAUCUUGGUAAUGAUAGAAUUAUGAUUGUAUUUAACGAUGGACCACAAAGCUAUCAACCAAAUACAAUGAAAUCAAAACAAACUCAAACUGUUAUUUUGGUUCAACCAAUAAGAAACGAUUCUUCUUCGGCAUCGAUUUCAAUCGCCAAACCAGCAUCACCAAAUAAUAACAAUUCACUGUUGAUGGAGGAAAAGAAUGGAUUGGAUAAUAUUGAAGAUGUAAAUAGACAGCAAUCUUCAGGUUCAACCAAUCAAUACAUAGUAUCGAUAGCAUCCAAAGAGGAAGUUCCUGACUUUGAUCCUCCACUUCCAAAUCCUCCUAUUUUCAACAGAGAUGCAAGAUUCAAACAAUUCCUCUAUGAUAAAUUGAUAAAUGGAUCUAGUUCACUAAGACAAGCACCAGUUUUCCAAACGAAAACACAGAGAGAAAAAAACUUUGUAUUUUUGAAUUUCGUUAAUAAACAUACUAAUCAAAAAUAA